AUGGUCCUAGAUGAAUAAAUCUGACUGCGAAUCACUUCUCGACUGGUAUUUGGUGUCGGAAAGUCACAAAAAAAUGGCUAUAAUUGGCUAUAUUUGGCUACAUUUGAGUAAUUAGUGGGACCGGUGGAAGCAGGUUCGGGAACCAGGUACAUUCAGGAGCCGGUGCAUGUUCAGCACCCCAGUACCUGCCUACAGUGUGUAACAGAGACGUGACUGAUCGCCCAAGCGGUUAACGAGCUGAUCAGUGAUGAAGAGGAUAAGUAAAGUAAAAAGUGACUUGCCUCCGUCCCGUGUAGACAAGUACUGUACUGUGUGGCCAGCCAGACCAGGAGCUGCCUUUAUCACUAGAUCACGGGGGGCGGUCUGGUGAUAACUCCCACCAGAUAUUCCACCAGUUGUUUGUUUGUUACGUGUUAAGAAAUAACGUGAUGUCCGAGAUCAUCAAAGUGGGCGUGUUGACCGUGAGUGACCGCUGCGCAGCUGGUGAGGCUGUUGAUGAGAGUGGUGCCAACCUUCAAGCUCUUGUUGCCAGUGGGACUGUGUAUGGUGGAAAGGUGAGCAAAUAUAUGUGUAUUGCUGAUGAAUUGUCACUGAUCAAGGAAACACUUAUCAACUGGUGUGAUGAGGAGAAGUUGCAGCUGAUCAUCACCACUGGUGGAACAGGUUUUGGUCCCCGGGAUGUCACACCAGAAGCUGUAAAGAAGGUUAUUGAACGUGAGGCACCAGGAUUAUCAACAUGCAUGAUAACGGAGUCCCUUAAGGUCACUCCAUUAGCCAUGUUGUCACGACCUGUGUGUGGCUCUCGGGGGAAGACGUUGAUUGUAACAUUGCCAGGCAGCAAGAAGGGGUCAGAGGAGUGUUUGAGGUUCAUUGCCCCGGCUGUCCCACAUGCUGUUGACCUGCUCAUGGGCUGGAAAACACGUGUAGAGAAGACUCAUAGUGCACUACAGGCUGUGGGAGGUCACUGUGAACACAUUCAUCACCCCCGUGCUCAUCCACAUGGCCAUGGCCUUCAUCACUACCAUCAUCAUCAUCAUUGCCAUGCUUUGGGAGGAGAAGCUGAAAAUCAGGAGUCAAAGGCAGAUGUUUCUCGUAUUUCUGGUCGACCAAGAAAGUCUCCAUAUCCAAUGAUAUCGGUCUCUGAAGCACUCUCAACUGUUCUCUCUCAUGCCGAACAGUGUGCAAACAAGACACUCCCCAUGCAAGAAUCACUAGGAUUUGUCUUGGCUCAAAACAUCAUUGCAAAGGAUCCACUUCCCCCUUUCCCAGCUUCUAUAAAAGAUGGAUAUGCAGUGUUGGCAUCUGAUGGUGCUGGUUUACGCACUGUAGGAGGUGACUCAACAGCAGGAUGCAGUCCAGAAAAGACGAGGGUGAGCAGUGGAAUGUGUAUCCGAGUGAACACUGGAGCGCCAGUCCCUGCAGGGGCUGAUGCUGUAGUUCAGGUGGAAGAUACAGAACUGGUAAAAGAAGAUGAUGAUGGUCGUAAGGAACUUGAAAUUAAGAUAUUGAAAGUACCAAACCAGGGACAAGAUAUUCGGCCUCUGGGAUGUGACAUAGCAACAGGACAAAAAGUUCUGGCCUGUGGUACUCUUCUUGGACCUGCAGAGUUGGGACUUCUGGCUACUGUAGGAGUAACAGAGGUGCUAGUUGUUAACAAGCCAACUAUUGCUAUUCUUUCUACUGGCAAUGAGCUUCAAGAACCAGGAGAGCCACUGAGGGAAGGACACAUCCGUGAUAGUAACAAGACAACCCUAAUGUCACUCUUACGUCAAUAUGGCUACCCUGUUAUUAAUGCAGGUAUUGCAAAGGAUGAUCCCACAGCCCUCCUCAGUUCAUUGAAAUAUGCUUUUAGCCAAGCUGAUGUCCUGGUCACCACUGGUGGGGUGUCUAUGGGUGAACGCGACAUACUGCGGCCUGUUCUCACUACAGAUUUUGAUGCCCACAUUCACUUUGCCCAGGUAUUUAUGAAACCUGGCAAGCCAACGACUUUUGCCACAUGUCAGGUUAAUGGUCGCAAGAAGCUGAUUCUUGGACUCCCUGGAAACCCUGUGUCUGCUGUUGUGACAAGUACCCUCUAUAUCUUGCCUCUGUGUCGCAAGAUGAGUGGCAGGAGUGAUCAUAUGAAUACAGAAAUAAGAGCUAAGUUGUCAGAGUCCAUACAAAUUGAUCCAAGACCAGAGUACCAUAGAGCCACUCUGUGUUGGCAUCCUGGUGUAGACAUUCCCUUAGCUCACUCUACUGGUAACCAGCUGUCAUCUCGCCUGUUAUCUCUGGCUUCAGCUCAAGCUCUUCUUAAAUUACCACCAGCAACACCAGAAGUCAAAGAGUUGGCAGAAGGCACAGUUGUUGAUGCAAUACUUUUAGAAAUGUAAGCAAAUAUUCUGAAUUUAAAAUCCUUUAAUAAAAUGUUUAUUAUAC